UUUGUUUCUUUGUAGGUCUUGGCUAUCGGCUGCGCUCGUGAAUCGUACGUGGGAGAGAAAGGAGACCCGCUUUCCUCUCGACCAUAGCGCCACCAAUACAUCCGCCUUCAGUACCUCCCCCUCGCCCACCGGUGGGCCCUCUCCUACCAGCUUCCGGUAUGGAGGACUCUAUUUCUUGCGGAACCGGUGCCUCGUCCUCGCAUUCGCCCUAACGUUUCCCGCUCUUAUGGAUUUGGAGACGGGCGUACCCCUACCCAGCCGCCUCCACGUCGGCGGUGGUUCCUCCGACGGGCGUCGCGUCCAUGGAGCCGAUAGAUAUAACGGUGGCAGAUGGAAGGACAUGGUUUUGGCUUACAGGACUCUCGGAGUAGUUUUCGGUGGCCUUGUCACUUCACCUCUCUAUGUGUAUCCUUCCAUGAACUUGAAGUCCCCCACUGAGCAGGACUACUUGGGUAUAUACGGCAUCAUGUUCUGGACUCUUACUUUGAUUGGGGUCGUGAAGUACGUCUGCAUCGCUCUCAAUGCCGACGAUCAUGGUGAAGGUGGCACAUUUGCUCUAUAUUCUCUACUCUGUAGGCACACAAACAUUGGCAUCCUUCCUUCAAAAAAGGCCGAUUCUGUAACGAAUGCCGCACAUGCUAACCCUUCUGUGGGCACUGAAAAGCGAAGUAGGCUGGGAAUAUUUAUAGAGCGUAGUAUGACUGCAAGAAGAAUUGUGCUCUUCAUCGCGAUACUGGGUAUGUGCAUGCUCAUCGGAGAUGGCAUACUAACACCAGCUAUUUCAGUGUUAUCAGCGAUGGAUGGACUAAGAGGGCCUUUACCUUCUAUUCACAAGUCUGCUGUGGAAGCUUUAUCUGCUGCAGUCCUCAUCGCUUUAUUCCUGUUGCAAAAAUAUGGCACCGCGCGAGUGAGCUUCCUCUUUUCUCCAAUCAUGGCAUCUUGGACUUUCACCACUCCAAUCAUUGGGGUAUACAGUAUUCUGCGAUAUUACCCAGGCAUAUUCAAAGCCAUAUCACCAAAGUAUAUAGUGCAUUUUUUCCUGAGGAAUGGAAAGACGGGCUGGCAAUUGCUUGGUGGCACAGCUUUAUGCAUUACAGGUUCUGAAGCAAUGUUUGCUGAUCUCGGUCAUUUCAACAAGAGGUCCAUUCAGAUAGCAUUCCUUUUCAGCAUAUAUCCUUCGCUAGUCCUCACGUAUGCAGGGCAAACAGCAUACCUGAUUAGGAAUCCCAAUGAUCACAAUGAUGGCUUUUACAAGUUCGUGCCAGGUCCAGUAUACUGGCCGAUGUUUACUAUCGCAACACUGGCAGCUAUCGUUGCCAGUCAAUCCUUAAUUUCUGCAACAUUUUCUGUGAUCAAACAAUCAGUCGUUCUCGAUUAUUUCCCACGCGUCAAGGUGGUCCACACAUCCCAACACAAGGAAGGCGAGGUUUACUCUCCGGAGACCAAUUACAUACUCAUGCUUCUUUGUGUUGCUGUUAUACUUGGUUUUGGUGAUGGAAAAGAGUUAGGGAAUGCUUUUGGUGUUGUUGUCAUACUGGUCAUGCUCAUCACCACAAUCUUAUUGACUCUAGUCAUGAUCAUUAUAUGGAGAAUCCCGAUCAUUGUUUCUGCUUUAUACUUCGUUCCGUUUUCAAUCCUAGAAGGUGCAUAUGCAAGUGCAGUUUGCACUAAGAUUUUGGAAGGUGGCUGGCUGCCGUUUGCUGUAUCUAUAGUCCUGGCGUUCAUUAUGUUUGGCUGGUAUUACGGGCGUCAGAGAAAGCUAGAGUAUGAAAUGGCAAACAAAAUAACUCUUGAAUGGCUAGGUGAGCUUUUGGAAAGCUCAGAGAUCCAAAGAGUUCCUGGGCUUUGCUUCUUUUACAGCAAUAUUCAGGAUGGACUAACGCCCAUCCUUGGACACUACAUACAGAACACGCGCUCGCUCCACAGGGUUACCAUUUUUACAACUCUAAGGUACUUAUUGGUUGCCAAAGUUGCUCCAAAUGAGAGGAUAAUGAUCACUAGACUGGGGCUUGAUGGGGUAUAUGGAUGCAUGAUUCAGUAUGGCUAUGCUGAUUUCCUUAAUCACGGGGGAGAUGACUUUGUAACCCAAGUUACUAACAGCUUGAGGGCACAUAUAGAUAACUCCUCUGAAGGGCUUUCUCCUGCUUAUGUUGAGGAGGAGAUUUCACAAUUGGAGAGGGCUAAAGAAGCAGGAGCGGUGCAUGUUCGGGGUAAGACAAGGUUUCACGUUGGUAAAGACACCAGUUUGUUCGAUAGAAUUUUGCUUGGGUUUUAUGAGUUUUUACACGGCAACUGUAGAUCGGCACUGCCCGCUUUGGGGAUUCCCCUUCGACAGCGUCUGGAGAUAGGCAUGCUCUAUAAGGCUUGAGUGGUAAGAACAGGCUUUUGGCAUGGUUGGCCAUUAAAAGUAUACCAAUGCCUCACAAAACGUGGAGAAAAAUAGUUGUACAAGAAGCUUAUGUAAUCUUUAAAUUUGAGUACUUUAAAUCUACUACUAAUAACGGUGGUGAUUAUAUUUUUAAGCAAAAUCUAUAUGUUA